AUGGAACGAGUUCAAGCACGUGAGCUUUCAAGAAAAUAUAAAAGUAGAGCUAUUAAAGAAUAUAUGGGCGACAACUUGAAACCAGAUUUAGCCACGAUUGCAAUUUGCAAUUUACCAACCACAGCUACUCAACUCAUGUCUCUCGUUUCUCAGCGUUUUGUGUUUUGUUCUUCUUUAUGCCAAAAAUUGGAUCAUGUUUGGGCAAAUAAUUAA